AUGAUAAGUGAUAGGUCAUCAUCCCCCGAAUAUGAUCUUUAUAUGAAAGAUGCUUACUCACAACUGGAGCAUAAAAUGGCCGAUUUGGAACAGCAGAUAAUCAACAUAAGAAAGGCUUCUGCUGAUAUGCCGAAUGGUCAAGAAGCAGGGGAUAUCUUAGAUUGGAAGAUACCGGGAUUGAAAAAAGCCGUGGUUGUAAUUGGUGCACCGUAUUUCUUUUUCCUUGGGCCAUCAUGCAGAGCAUGGUUAAUUUAUUCUAUGCCUAUGUUCCGCAAUUACUUAAGUAGAUUAAAGUUAACAAUGCUUGAGGAAAGAAAUAAGUGGCUUCGGAAGCAUGAUUCCCCUGCAAGUUUGAGCAUUCUUGAUUCUGUACACGACGCAAAGAAUGUGCUAAAUGCUGCAUUUCAGUUGAUAUCUUCAAAUAAAAAUGCAUUUCAAGAGCAUAUAUGUUACUUUGAGGCAAAUUUGAACAGCAUGAUUUUUUUCGGGUUUGUUCCGAUGGAUAUGGUUCAUUGUCGUUUUCGGCAAUAUUUCGGUGACACCACUCACCCAAAAUAUACAGCGCAACGACCCGAAGAAAAAUGUUAUACCUAUAGUGAUAUAUCUCUUAUUGUUGCUGUCGUGUAUCUUGCAACUGUAUUUACUCAGCAUGAGGAUAUGCGAUUAUUUAAAUAUCCCUUGAUCCCUAGUACGACGGAACUUUCAACCUUGGCAUUUAAAUUGUUGAGUCUUUCCAAAUUUAGAAGUCAUGCCUCAUAUAUAGGAUUGGUAGCCUUGAUCAUUCUCAGCAAAGGUUUAUUCGUGUUUGAAAAUGCAGAAGGUACGCACCAAGAAUUAGAAUCCUAUCCCACUUUUCAAGUUUGCUUAAAUUCGUGUUAUCAGUUGGGUGUACAUUCUGACUUUAGUACCACUCUAAAGUUUGUUUAUCACAAUCAAGAAGAAUCCAGGAGUAGGCUACUUUCUGAUUCCCAGCUUAAGAAGAUAUGGAACUACAUACAAGAAGAGGAUGCUUUCUAUUCCGUUAUGAUGGGAUACCCUCUACUUAUUAGUUAUGAUUUCUGCAACGAAUUUCAUCUAGUAUCAAAUACUCCCUUUGAGAAUAAAAGGAUGAAUGGACUUCUUCUUACGAGGCAAAUUUCCGGGGUUAUAAACUCGCGAAGGCAGAUAUCUUUAAGGGAUGUUUGUAAUCAGAUAUCGGACUUACUAAAGUUUUGCUCGAGUUUACCAUCAGUGACGACACGUAUGGAUGAAUUUGUGAACCUUGACAAGAUUGCCUUUUUCUGCAAGCAAAAAUUGGUUUACCUACAAGUUCUCCAGUGUUUGUGCUGGAUGGGAAUAACAGCUAUCUCAAUCAUACUUCGUCAUAACGCCUGUAAUUCGGAUGAUGCACAAAGAGAAGAUUUAAUACAGCUUUCUGCAAAGUUGUACAGGCAAUCGUUGAUAUCGGCUGUCACGUCCAUCUACAUCAUAAAAGAGGUUAUCUCUGGAAAGAGCAUAUUUGGAACAAAUACUAAUGGCAAGUAUCUUGUUUUUUUCAAGGACAUUUUCGCAACUUUGUUAGGUCAUUCGUACACAUUAUGGUUUACGUUCAUUUUGCCCGAGGCCACUGGAAGUUUAGAUUUGGUAAAUGAACUUCAAAGGGGAAGGCAUAUUGGAGAAUUUUCUUCGAAAGAAAAUAUGUGGAACUCUAAAGUCGAUUUGCCAAUUCUAGAAAAAGCUUUGUUUGGUGCGGAUAAGGAACAAAGUAACCUGUUAUCCAGACAACUUUUUUCGAGAUUGUUGCAUCCGUCUGAUUUGUUGAGUCUAACGUCCGAGUUUCAUGAACUCCUUAGUGAAAAUGAUGUUAUAAAGGGCAGUCUUGAUUCGUACCUAUUAAUUAAGUCUGUAAUGGUUUGGUCGAUCACAAUCACUACGGUGCAAGAGUGUAAAUCGCAGUUACUUUUCAAAAAAAUAACUCUUCCGGAAAUUAUGGAAAAGGCGAGAGACAAAUUAAUUAAGGAGUUUUGUGCAGAUGAAGAUAAUGAAACAAAGUUCAACAUGGAAGAAUAUGAUAAUAUCGAAAAGAUGCUUGAUUCGGUGCUUGCUAGUUAUAAUUGCCAACAGUUUGUGGAUCUAAAUUAUAUGAAUGUAAACAAUUUAUGA